AGGGUUUCUCUGCGGCGGCCUUGCGGCUCCCGGCUGACCCACGAGGACUGUAGCUGCCGAGAGCCAGGGGGAGCCGCGUUUCCUGGGAGCGAGGGCCUGUUAGGGUCUCGGCGCCGCUGCGCAGCCAUGAGCUACGGCCGCCCGCCUCCCGAUGUGGAGGGCAUGACCUCCCUCAAGGUGGACAACCUGACCUACCGCACCUCUCCCGACACCCUGAGGCGCGUCUUCGAGAAGUACGGGCGCGUCGGCGACGUGUACAUCCCGCGGGACCGCUACACCAAGGAGUCCCGCGGCUUCGCCUUCGUCCGCUUCCACGACAAGCGCGACGCCGAGGACGCCAUGGACGCCAUGGACGGGGCCGUGCUCGACGGCCGCGAGCUGCGGGUGCAGAUGGCGCGCUACGGCCGCCCGCCCGACUCGCACCACAGCCGCCGGGGCCCGCCACCCCGUCGGUACGGCGGCGGCGGCUACGGGCGGCGGAGCCGCAGCCCUCGGCGCCGCCGGCGAAGCCGAUCCCGAAGCCGGAGCCGCUCCAGGUCCCGAAGCCGCUCUCGCUACAGCCGCUCCAAGUCUCGCUCCCGCACCCGCUCGCGCUCGCGCUCGACCUCCAAGUCCAGAUCUGCCCGGAGAUCCAAGUCCAAGUCCUCGUCGGUCUCCAGAUCCCGCUCGAGGUCCAGGUCCAGGUCGAGAUCCAGAAGCCCGCCGCCCGUGUCGAAGAGAGAGUCCAAGUCUAGGUCGCGGUCCAAGAGCCCACCCAAGUCUCCAGAAGAAGAGGGAGCAGUUUCUUCUUAAGAAAAUGCUGCGGUCUCCUGUUUGAUAAAAGAAUAUUGGCCAGUAUUGCAGAUUUUAACUGAUUUGGCUGAUCCUCCAGGGACCAGUUUCUGUGGGCGUGUAUUGGAGCAGAUGGAUCGGCAAGCUGCAUAACAGAGGACUUUUGGGGGAAAGGACCACAAACUCAGUCCACCGGUCCAUGGAAGAGUCCUUGGAACAAGCAACUGGCUAUUAAAAAGGUUAUUUUGUAACAUUUGUCUAACUUUUUACUUGUUUUAAUCUGCCUCAGGUGGCAAACUUCAUUUUAUGUGCCAUUUUGUUGCUGUUAUUCAAAUUUCUUGUAAUUUAGUGAGGUGAGCGACUUCAGAUUUCAUUAUUGGAUUGGAUAUUUGAGGUAAAAUUUCAUUUUUGUUUAUAGCGCUGACUUUUUUUGUUUGAAAUUAAACAGAUUGGUAACCUAAUUUGUGGCCUCCUGAAUUAAUAAGGAAACAUGUGCAGCCAUUACGUACAGCCUAAAGCUGUCAGCAGAUUGACUCAACAUUGCCUUCAUUUCUUAGAAAUUAAAAACCUAUGAACGUUGGUGUAAUUUGUUCAUAUAUGUUAUUUACCUUCAGGUCUAAAUGAUAAUCUGAACCCAAAUUUGUAUAAAGACUUUUCAGGUGAAAAGACUUAAUUUUUUUUAAAGGAUUGUUUACCCGGCACAAUUCUAAUCUCUUCUCUUAUGUAUUUUUGUGCACUAGGCGCAGUUGUGUAGCAGUUGAGUAAUGCUGGUUAGCUGUUAAGGUGGCGUGUUGCAGUGCAGAGUGCUUGGCUGUUUCCUGUUUUCUCCUGAUUGCUCCUGUGUAAAGAUGCCUUGUCGUGCAGAAACAAAUGGCUGUCCAGUUUAUUAAAAUGCCUGACAACUGCACUUCCAGUCACCCGGGCCUUGCAUAUAAAUAAUGGAGCAUACAGUGAGCACAUCUAGCUGAUGAUAAAUACACCCCCCCUCAAAAAAAAAAAGCGCAAAAUGGUAAAUCUGAUCAUUCUUGUGUUGUGAACUUAAAAUCAGAAAAUGUUAAGGAAGCAAAUGGUUUGUAACUUUGUAAGUACUUUAAACAUGGUGUAUCUUUUGCUUAUGAAUAUUCUGUACUAUAACCAUUGUUUCUGUAGUUUGAUUAAAGUGUUUUCUUGGUGUUAGCUUUUUUGAGAA